AUGGCAACUGUAAAAGCUUGUCGAGUUUGCUUAGAAAUGCAUGUGAAGCUUUUUAAAAUGUCUUCAAAUACUUUAGAACGCUACUACGAAUUACUGACUGGAACAAUCGACGUAAAGACGCUUGGACUACCUGAAUAUGUGUGCUAUGUGUGUGCUGCACAAAUGGGGAAGUUCUACUUAUUCAGGCAAAAGAGUUUACGCGGUCAAACAGUAUUACAAGGGAUACUUAAAAGUAGAGGAAAGAUCACUGAAAAAGAUGUAAGACAGGUAGAUAAAAACAGCCUUAUUCUUGCGUCUAAUCUAAGUAUUCAAAAAGCUAUGUAUGUUAGCAUAAGUGCAGAUUCUACUAUAAAUGAAGAUGUUUAUAUGAAGCUUGAAGAUAAUCAGUUGGAUAAAUUAGAACAAUAUAAUGAAGAUUCAUAUAAUGACAAUGAUUUUGAUUGGCCAAGUGAUGAAGAAAAUCACAAGAACAAAAUUAAAAAGGAAAUGGUUGAUGUUUCUGUAACUGUAAAAAGGGAGAAAGAAGAAAAGACUGAUGAUAUACCUCUAGCUAGAUUGAAGAAAGCAAAGAAAAGUAAAAGAAAGAAAGUGGAGACUCCCAAAAAGCGUCGCGGGCGACCAAUGCACGCUCUAAGACGUAACACCAAUCUUCCAGAGGAUGCUGUCACCCCAGAAGACUUCCACAGAUAUGUCAAUGUGGUUAACUUGACGAUAGCUGAACAAAUGGAGGAAAUCAGUAAACGUCGAGAGUCAAAGAACUAUCAAAAUGCCACAUUCAGAUGUGAGUUAUGCUAUAAAGGGUUCCUGGAUUCACGAACAUGGCAAAAUCAUAAUAAAAAUCAUGUCGAGGGUCUCGUGGAGUGUGACAUUUGCAAGUUGCGUUUCAAGGACAAGUAUAUAGUGGGCAAACACCUUAGACGACAUGGUACCAAGUAUCAUUGCAAACAGUGUCCCUAUGUCUCUACUGCUGUGCAUCAAGCAAAACAGCACAUACUAUGGCAUCGCGGUGUUACAUACAGCUGUGAAUAUUGCGAAGAAGUCUUUACUCAAUGGAUGUCGUACAUGACACAUGUACGUCUAAAGCAUCCAUCAGACGUGGUGUGCGGUUUUUGUGGGUUCACCUUCAUUUCGAAGUUGGGCCUUCAUCAGCACAAGUCCCUUAUGCACCGAGAUCAAGAUGAGAAAAGAGAUAUAGAAGAUAAUACUCAGGCUCCGUAUUGUGCGCUGUGCGAUGUGAAGUUCGCAUCGAAUGAAGCGUACAGCCGACACAUGGUCACUGCGCGGAAACAUGUGGAGACCAAUGAAAAUAAAAAUGGGUGUCGUCACUGUGGCGUCUCUUUCAAAACAGCAGACGAGUUACGAGCACAUGUGCGCACGUCACACGAUCGUCGGCCAUGGACGCGUACCGACGGAUCCAAGAAAAAUGACUCUAGGAAAUAUCCGAUGCAGUGUCCGCAUUGCCCACAGCAAAUACCUAAUGCGCGCUCGUUUUUCUGGCAUUUUAGAAAAAUACAUCCUGAUAUUGAGUAUCCUAUAGAAAAGGGACAUGUUUGUGAAAUAUGCGGUAAAGCAUUUACGAAAAACGCCCUUCUAUCGUACCACAAGUUAACGCACUCUGGCGAGCGUGCGUUUAAAUGCGGACAAUGUGGUAAGGCCUUUCACAUACGACGGAAUCUCUUGCUUCACGCGGCUGUACAUUCCGAACAGAGGCCUCAUGUUUGCACUGUGUGUGGGAUGAGGUUUAAAGUCAAGACUGUAUUAGAUAGACAUUAUAGGGUGCACACCGGUGAAAAGCCCUAUCAAUGCGACGUAUGUGGUAAAUCGUUCACUCAGUCCAACAGCUGUCAAUUACACGUCCGUACAGUACACCUUAAGCAGCCUGCGCCGUAUGUCAGUCGCGCGCGCAGAGAACGACAGAAUAAGGCGCUUGCGCAGCCAAAUCAAUUACUAAUGCCGAAUAAUAUUGUGAACUAA